GAGAACUGAGCUGAGAAAAAUCUGUCUGAUCCGCACACUGGUCUCUGCGAUAGAGGAGAGAGGGAGGAGGAGAAGAGAGGCGGAAGAGAAGAGAGGAUAGGAAGAAGAAGCGAGAGAACACAGGACUGCACAGUGAGACAGAUUCACAUUGGAGACCUGGAGGAUCUAUUGACAGGGUUAGAGGUCAGGGACUAGGCAGACAUGAUGACAUCACAUGGAAAGCUGAGGAUGCAGAGAGGGAGUCUAUAUGAGUAUGACUCCCAGAUCAAAGACCUGCGGGCCCAGCUGUGUGACCAGAUGAAGGUUCUGGACGGUCAGGUGGAGGUCAAAGGUCAACAGCUGUCUGACCUGUCCGAGUUCUUCCGUCGUCGUGGUGACAUUGAGGCGGAGUAUGCCCGUGCCCUCGACAAACUUACAGAGAGGUUCACCCUGAAGACCAAGAGGAAGGAGCAGAGUGAGUAA